CGAACAUGUGCUAGAAUUACACACUGAAGCGAGGAGCGAUUUUACUCCUUGUCUGGACCACUUAGCAGUUGGCCUUACUUGGUAAUGCUGGAUAAGUCUCUGUUCUGCUGUCCUCAGACAAGAACAGCUUGCCAAGUAAAAGAAGGGAAAAGAGGAGUAGUGACUGAAGUAAUCCAACCUCCAGGAGACAGAGUUAGUCAUUUUUCCUCAGGAACAAGAAAAAAACUAGCGCAUGUUUUGUGGUCAAGUGAAGAGAGAGGGAAGGACUGACAUGGGUGGAUGCUGGUACAAGGAAUCCUGCUUGCUUUUCUCUCAUGCGGAUAGUUUUCAGCCCUUAGUUGCCUAAAAACAUCUGGGUCUUUUUUACCCUUUGCCUUCUCAUCAGAAAUCCAAAUCUCAAGUUUCCAUUCCGACGAUGUCAGUAGCAUGUGGAAUCUAAUGUGGAAGUACUGCAUUUCAGUGCGGACGAUAAGUGUGGAAGGUGAUGCUCCAGGCAGCGAGGUGGGUGCCUCUGUGGACCCCAGGAGUGGCUACAGUUGUGUCCCAGUGACCCAUAGCGGCGGGCUGGGCCCCGACCACCUGGACAGCCAGCUCUACGGACACAUCUUGCUGCCUGGCCACCCACGGCCCCGUCGACCUAAGCUCCAGCAUUCCCAGUCCAUCCUCCGCAAGCAGGCAGAGGAGGAGGCGAUUAAGCGCUCCCGCUCACUGUCAGAGAGCUAUGAGCUCUCAUCAGACCUACAGGACAAACAGGUGGAGAUGCUAGAGCGUAAAUAUGGUGGGCGUUUCAUAACCCGGCAUGCAGCCCGUACCAUCCAGACAGCCUUCCGCCAGUAUCAGAUGAACAAGAAUUUUGAGCGUCUUAGAAGCUCUAUGUCUGAGAACCGUAUGUCCAGACGGAUCGUCCUAUCCAAUAUGAGAAUGCAGUUUUCCUUUGAAGGACCUGAAAAAGUCCACAGCUCCUACUUCGAGGGAAAGCAGGUCUCCCUAACAGAUGAUGGCACCAAAAUUGGUGCACUGGUACAGUCAGAACAUGGCGGGGAGAUGAGUGUGCAGGCCAAGACACCCACAACACAGAGCGAUUUCACAGAUGCUAUCACAGAACUAGAAGAUGCCUUCUCAAGGCAAGUAAAAUCUCUGGCUGAAUCCAUAGAUGACGCUCUCAACUGUCGCAGUCUGCAUGGUGAUGACAGCCUCUCUGAGCCAGGGAGAGGUCACCAAGAUAUGGGCAGGGAAGUCAGCUGCCAGGUGAAACCCUCCCACAGCACCUCAGAGCAUCGCAAACUAGAUGAGAUGACAGCAUCUUACAGUGAUGUCACCCUGUACAUUGAUGAAGAGGAACUGUCACCACCUCUGCCUCUGUCUCAGUCUGUAGACCGGCCCUCCAGCACAGAAUCGGACUUGCGUCAGCGCUCCCUCAACUCCUCCCAGGACUAUUGGUCGCUGGCUCAUAAGGAUGAGAAAGGAGACACAGACACCAGCUGCCGCAGUACACCUUCUCUGGAAUGCCAAGAGCAGCGCUUACGGGUAGACCAUCUACCCUUGUUGACCAUUGAGCCUCCCAGUGACAGUUCAGUGGAACUGAGCGAUCGUUCUGACCGCAGCUCUCUGAAGAGACAGAAUGCUUACGACCGGAGCCCCAGCAACCAGCAGAGCAGCCCCAAACAUAUCAGCCACAGUUUGCCACCCCGUGGGCCUUCCAGAGAAGAUGACUCUUCCCGUCAUCGGCCACGACAACUGGAGGCCCACCUGGCUAUCAAUGGCACCGCCAACCGGCAAAGCAAGUCUGAGUCAGAUUUCUCUGAUGGCGACAAUGACAGCCUCAACAGCACAUCCAACUCCAAUGAUACCAUCAACUGCAGCUCUGAAUCCUCGUCCAGAGACAGUCUGAGGGAGCAGACGCUCAGCAAGCAGACCUACCACAAAGAGACUCGCAACAGCUGGGACUCACCUGCUUUCAGCAAUGACAUCAUCCGCAAGAGGCACUACCGCAUUGGCCUAAACCUCUUCAACAAGAAACCAGAAAAAGGCAUCCAGUAUCUGAUAGAGCGUAACUUUGUUCCAGACACUCCAGUGGGUGUAGCCCACUUCCUGCUUCAGAGGAAAGGCUUGAGUAGGCAAAUGAUUGGCGAGUUCCUGGGUAACAGACAGAAACAGUUCAACCGAGAUGUCCUUGACUGUGUGGUGGAUGAAAUGGACUUCUCAAGUAUGGAGCUGGACGAAGCACUCAGGAAAUUCCAGGCUCACAUCAGAGUCCAGGGAGAAGCACAGAAAGUUGAACGGCUGAUAGAGGCCUACAGCCAACGCUACUGCAUCUGCAACCCUGGUGUGGUGCGACAAUUCAGGAACCCUGACACCAUUUUCAUCCUGGCCUUUGCCAUCAUCCUUCUCAACACAGAUAUGUACAGCCCCAACGUCAAGCCUGAGAGGAAGAUGAAGCUGGACGACUUUGUUAAGAACCUUCGAGGAGUGGAUGAUGGGGAGGACAUCCCCCGAGAGAUGCUGGUGGGGAUAUAUGAGCGGAUUCGAAAGCGAGAGCUCAAGACUAAUGAAGACCAUGUAUCCCAGGUUCAAAAAGUGGAAAAGCUCAUUGUUGGAAAAAAGCCAAUUGGCUCUUUGCACCAUGGUCUGGGCUGUGUACUAUCCCUACCCCACCGGAGACUGGUCUGUUACUGCAGACUUUUUGAAGUGCCCGACCCCAACAAACCACAAAAGUUGGGCCUGCACCAAAGGGAGAUCUUCCUCUUCAAUGACCUGCUAGUGGUUACUAAAAUUUUCCAGAAGAAGAAGAACUCAGUGACGUACAGCUUUCGACAGUCUUUCUCACUUUAUGGCAUGCAAGUGCUACUCUUUGAAAAUCAGUAUUAUCCCAAUGGAGUUCGCCUGACCUCAGCUAUUCCCGGAGCUGACAUCAAAGUGCUCAUCAACUUCAAUGCACCCAAUCCUCAGGACCGCAAAAAAUUUACUGAUGACUUGCGAGAAUCAAUCGCCGAAGUCCAAGAGAUGGAGAAGUAUCGGAUAGAAUCUGAGCUAGAAAAACAGAAAGGGGUGGUGAGGCCCAGCAUGUCCCAGAGUUCUGGGUUAAAGAAGGAAACAGGAAACGGCAACCUGAGCCGAGCGAGCCUCGAUGACAGCUAUGCCAUUGGCGAAGGUUUGAAGAGGAGCGCCCUCAGCAGCUCCCUACGUGACCUCUCAGAUGCAGGCAAGCGUGGGAGACGCAGCAGUGCAGGAUCACUAGACAGCAAUAUGGAAGGAUCCAUCAUUAGCAGUCCUCACAUUCGGCGGAGAACACCCUCCAGUCGAGACUGCCCAUCCCGCCACAGUGGCCAGUCCCUGCCUAACUCCUCCUCUCUGCUUGGAUCUUUGUUUGGAACUAGGCGUGUAAAGUCCCCCAGCCCCACUCCUCAGCCCCUGCACCCCACCCUCAUCUCCCAUACCCCACACCCUGUCAACCUGCACCACACUGCCCGGGGAGAAACAGACACACCGGUCCCCAUGCUCCCACACCACACCCAAUUCUGUCACAUGACCCAGAACCCCCCACCUUACCACCACCACCACCACUACCACCCACCAGCCCAUUUGCAGCACCCUCCACAUCAGUUCCACCCACCGCCAUCUCACACCCAGCAGCCACCUUACCAGCCUCACACACAGCACAGUCACGGGAGCCACCUGGCACAUUCCUCCCACCCUGCUCAUGGCCCCCACCACCAUGGGCCACCACCGCCACCCACCCAGGCCCCCAGCAGCACCAAGCCCAAGCACAGUGGCAUCAGUACAGUGGUGUGAGGCACAUGGGGGCAGGGGUUCUGUGCUCUCUGACUGAUCUUUGAUUAUUCCUCUGAGGCUCUCAGCUGAAGAGACAGUUGCACUGUGUAUUGCUGGUUUGGGGAUGUGAAGCCAGACAAGAUCCUACAUCUCAUUCAGCAGUUUUUGUUACACUCGUCACUGAGGCAGUUUAUUCAACCCAAACAUUUUUUUUUCCUCUUGCUCCUUUGAUUUAAUUUCAGGUAAUAAAUUAUGUCUGCCUGCUUCAAGAGCAACAGACAGCAAGGCAAGAGCAUGCACAAAGACCACAACUACUGUUUCUCCUCAGUAAAUAAAGGAACAUGAUCAAAUAUCUCACUUACUAGUAUUUUACAGAAGAAGUAAAUAGCAAUCUUGACUUUAAUGUCUACAAAGUGAUUUUCUCUAGUGUGAGGGUUGUUUGGCUGAACACAGACAGGCAGACAGACAUAUAGACAGUCAGCCUAAGCAGUAGCUGUAAAAGUAUUUAAUGUAGCAGUAGCUCACAGUGCACUGUGAUAUCUCUGUUAACAGUGAUUAAUGUGCCAAUUAUUGAAGCAUUUACUGAUUUAGUCACAAAAAUCGCUUUACGUAUAUUGUGCAUAGUAUUUUGUAAAAAUGAUAAUAUCAGCUGUUAUAAUUAUUACAGAUCAAAUGGCAUCAAUUCAAACUCUCAGAAUUAUACUUGCACAUAGGUGGCGUAGUUUCACUGUUAAGAAACCAAUCAAAGCUUUUAUUAGUUAGGCAAUUCAGUAAACUGGAAUACUACUGUAAAUGGUUGCCUUUGAGUUAGAACUGUUAAGACUGUUGAAGGCUGGUGCACACCAGUUUGCAUACAGUCUCAUCCAUUGCACUUCAUUGUUUGGAGUCAUCUCUCCUGCUCUGGAAAAAGGAAGCCACAGUGAGCUGCUGAGCAAACAGAUUGAUCUGGAUGUCCACCCUUCAGUACUGGCUGCUUGUCCGUCGUCAUUUUAUUUUUUUAAACUAUUUUUUUAGAGUCCAAUAAACAAUAUGAAAUUCUCUAUAUGUUCUACUGCAACCUGGUAGGAUUCUUCAGGUCAAUUCUGCAGGAAGAGGAGAGGGAGAUUUUUGAUGUUUUUCAUGGAAACUGAAGGAGUCUGUGGAAACUGUGUAGCAGCAAACAGCAACAUGACUAUCCAAGUGUCUCUCCUGAUAUGGAAGCUCUCAGCUGGCUGAGUGUGCCCUGUUCCUCUUUAGUUUCAUUGUGUGUCUCUUAAGCAACAAGCAUGUGGUGCAGUGCUGUUCAGACUCCCUUGAUCUUAGUUUGUGCAAGAGCCACACAGAUGUCACAGUACAGAAAUCAAUAAUUAUCACUCUGUGAUGGUGAUAGCACUGUUACACUUCACUCACCACAAAUGACAGUUUUAUAUCAGUCUGACAUAUUAUGGGAUGGCUGGUUGUACUUCCCAGCUAUCCUGGGCACAGUAUCUGUUGUGUGUGCAGAGCGGAGGCAGAGAGCUGGUGUGCUGGAGCAUAGUUUUCUGUUCAAAGUGAUAGACACUGCACUUGUUUUACUUAGUUGAUAUCAGUGGCAAAAGUUAGUCUGUGUCCACUUAAAGACUAUGAGAUGGAUUUUUAAUUUGUGCAAUAUGUAUUUAUUUUUUUUGUCUAAGAGCAAUUGCAAUCUGGUGGUCAUUCUUUUCUUUUUUUUUAUUAAUUUUGUCCUCUUUUUCCUCCCAGUCCUUUGUCAUUUUUUCCUCAAUCUAUCAGACUGUACAUUGAUUUGGAAGGACUGGACCUUCCACAUUGAUAAAGAAUGUCAAAGAAAAUAACUGCAUGUAAUGUAUUUUGAGGGUAUUUUCUAGCUAUUGUAUAUUCCCAAACUAUAUCAGAGUUCCACUUGACAGUUGUUAAAAAUGAAUGGUAGAAUAGAUUUGACUUCUUUAAUUAUAGCUAACUGAAGUCAACAAUGUAUCUGUGUCACUCCAGGGGAUAACCAAAUCUUUAUCUUUCACUGAUCCACAUACAGUAGUUAAAUGGAUCUUAGUGUACAACAGUAGUUGUAGCUGGAUUAUAUCACAGCUGUCAGAGGUAAGUUCUUUGCCAAUAAAAAUUUGCAGCCAGUGUGAUGAAAGAUGUUCUCUGUCACCUGUCAAAGUGAUAAUUGACAGACAGCAAUGAGUAUAAUGAAUGGAGCUCUCUUCAUUUAUCAUCUGUCUCUGUCAAUGGCUCUCCCAUUACUGUUGUCAAGUGAUAUCCAGUAGAUCAGUGUUCUUAAAUAGGCUUACCUCUUUCCCCAAGUUUCUAGUUUUCAACCUACCAUCUUCUAAUAAGGCCCCCCUCACAAUGGGUGUAUGAGUUGUAACUAAUUAAAUUCAUUAAUCAAUUAAGUUAAAAAACUGUCAGCAUUUCCAAUGAUUAAUAAAUCCUUCACUCAAGUUUUACACAUCCAUUCACAAGAACAUCUUUUGGGUUGUCAAGUUGAGAAAAAAUUCCUGAGACUGGUGUUUAUCCUUCAGCAAAUAUUAGUCAGUCAUUUACAUGUAUAAAUGUAAAAAUGAAUAAGUCACUGUUAUAUAGAUUUUAGAACAGUAUUUUUCCAGAAGUUAAAUGUUACCCUGGAGUUGUUGACCACUGUGUAGCGCUGUGGAGGAAUGUUUAUACAAGUGAGUCCCUGUUUUAUUUGUACUAUGCGUGCACACAAGAAAACACAUACAUGCUCCUAAGUACAUGUAGGAUGCAAUACACUUUCCUGUCUCCCUAGUCCCUCAUUGAAAUUCUCAUAGUAAAAAAUUAUUUUUUUUUCUAACUUAAUUGAUCACAAGAUGAGAUGCAUAAGGAUCUGGGUGGAAAAACUGCUGGAGGAGGAUAAACACCUGCUAAAGAGAUUUUUCACAACUUGGCAGUGCAGAUGUUGUCCUUAUCAAUGGCUUAAUACUGAUCUGUAAAGCAUUAGUAUUUCAUUGUCAUUAAUGAAACUACUGCUUACAGCCUCCUUAUAAAUUCUUUAUAAAUGGUGUCUCAUUAGAAAGUAGUACCAUUUCAAAAUAUUCAUGAUUCAAAAUGUAUUUUGCCAUACUUUAUGCACUGUUACUAUAGAAUCUAAAGUUUGACUCCAAUCUGUCAAAUAUACCACUUUCACUGUUUUUAAUUCAGUGCAGAUUAUGUUCUACGGAGUCAGGAAAGUGCCAAUAUUGCAUUGUAUUAACAUUUUAAAUCAGUUUUAGACCAAAUAAAUUGGGGGCCAAAACAACCCCACAAUUGACCAAUCAGAAUUUCUGUCAUCUGACAGCAUCUGAUUACUAACUAUUUAUUAUGGAAUAAUUAUGUAAACGUGGCCAAGAAGGACCCUAGCUUCAUGAAAUAUUGAUAGUUCUCCAAAUUAUGUCCAAGCAAAGUGUUUUCAGUUAUGAUUCUCCAGUUCCUUCAGAAGACUGAUCUAUUGUAAAACCUGGUCCAGAUUCUGUGUGAGGUGCUUUGUUGCAUGCCAUUGAUGCCUACAAUUUUUUGUUUUGUUUUGUUUUGGUUUGGUUUUUUGUAAGUGUUGUUCCUUUGAGCAGUGGGCUUGACUAGACCCUAAACUUUCAAUGUAGUUUGGAUUUGUCUGACUGAUGCUUGUUUACAUUUAGAUCAUUUCUGGCCUGCUAGUGUCUCUUUUCAUUUAAAGUUGUGUCAUCCUUCUCCAUCAUGCAUUUCAUAGUUAUUUUCACUGUUCAGUAUAAAGACAUGGCAGUAUUCUGCUGAGUGUAAAUUGCAAAUCCACCUUGGGAAAUCUAAGGUUAUUUGACGAAAUAAAGAGGGUUUGAAAGGGAGGACAUAUUUUAACUGUGGGUAGGAAUCAAAGAAUGAUCAAAUAUAUGUAAAUAGUCUGUAAAUUAUUAUUAUUGUAAUGAUUAUUAUUAUUAUUACUACUACUACUACUACUACUACUACUCAAUGUCUGCAGUUACAUUGAAGGUGCAUUCCUGCUCCCCUCUGAUAUUUACAUAAUCAUCAAACUGCUUCUCUCUGCCUCCGACAGAACUGAAUUAUCAUAUGAUCUAGAGAUGAACAGCCAACUGUUACACAGUUAACACUGCUUUUGACUUAUUUCCUGAGACACUCCUGUUCUCUCACACUGACAGCCCAAAGAGAAGGGAGGAGUGCUCUUAUUUUAUUAUGCAUUCUGUUUCUAAGUAGACAAAACCCUAUUGAUGUAAAACUAGUACUGUGACGAUGUUGAGAACACAAAAUAAAAUGAUAUACUGUAAAACCUGA